AUUCAUAUUCUGUUCGUAAAUGAGAUACAAGCACUGUAGAAUUUCUAAGAAAUGAACAAUGACCAGUUUCUGGAUUUUACUUUUGCUCAUCAGCAUCAUGUAUACAGCAAAACCUGGUAGAUGUUGGGUUACUGCACAACCCCCUACAAGGUCACUAGUUCAUCAGCCUGAUAAAGAGCUCAGUGUGAACAUCGGAGACUCGGCUACUCUGAGAUGUUGUUAUGAUUUUGAAAAUGUAGUUGGAAUAAUAGACUUGUUUAAGCAACCAACCAAAGAAAAACCUCAGAUUAUAGUAACAGUAUUUAAAAGUAAUAGAGAAACAUUUCACAAUGGAUUCCAAAAGUCUCGUUUUGAAGUAGACAGAUAUUCAAACUGCUUCAGUAUGACCAUUUUAAACAUCACUCAGUCUGAUGAAGCCAUGUACUACUGUGCAGUGACGGCAUCCCACAUCGUGUUUGGAGAUGGAACUUAUUUAAAAAUUAAAGGUGAGCAUGUUACUAUUGCAUCAGAAACAACUAAACCAGCUCUGAGUGAUACUUCAGUGGUGUGUGAACCAACACUGCAUGGAAACAACACUAACAUGAGCACACAAGACAAAACAGUGAUCGGUUUGGGAACGGCUUUGGGUUUGUGCGCACUUCUGAUUUUCUCUCUCACUUAUUUCAUACUGAGGAGAAGAAAAUAUGAUAAAAUAUAUGCUUCUCCAGGAACAAGGCAGGACUCUGAGGCCGAAACACUGAAUUACACAGCUUUGCAAUUUUCCAAGAAGAAAGCCAACGCUGAAAUAAGAAAAACUGGCUCAUCAGAUGAGUGUGUGUACUCUGAUGUGAAUACAACUGUAAGAUAUAACAUAGAUGAUUUAUAACACACUGUGAAACACACAACAAAAACAGGGAUAAUGUUUUAUCAAAUGAAAUAUCUUGACUACAUUCAGAUUCAUUCAAGCUUAAAAUACAUAAACAGUUAUUGACCUAAUAUUAUUGCUUAUUUCAAGCUGAUAAAUAAUUAAUAGAAUAAAGAUAAUUCGCUUUAAGAAACAAAAAUACUAUAUAUGCAAAAUACUAAAAUAAAACAACACAGGACAAUGGUUUCAGACUUGGAUCUGUUUACAAUAAGCUGAUAAUAAUUCAUAUGUAUUAAUAUUCAAGAUAUUGUUGUUUUUUAUUUAUUUCUUCCUACUGUCUUGUCAUUAGCCUGAACAGUGAAUUUUGUAAAACUCUUUUUUGUAAAACUAUUUUUAUAUGACCACAAUGUUGCACUUUGUGGAGAUUUUAUUACACAAUAAA